CAAGUUCAUAAAAUUCCCAUAUCACUUGAAAAAUAUGUGGAAAUUUUAACCAACUUAACCAAAAAUUAGUCUUGAUCAUAUUCAAAUUCAUCCAAUUCAAACAUAAAAUUGGAUGCAAUUGGUGCAGAUAAUUAGAUCGUUGAGCUUUAAAGUUUGAAUCAUAUCUCCUUAGGAGAAUCCGCUUAUACUUCUAAGAUGUAAUUGGCAACGAAACAUAGAAAGGAAGAAGAAAUAGAGCAGCUGAAGGAAGAAGUGCGUAAGGAAUUAUUGGGAAGUGGAGAUAAAGAAUCAUUAGAGCAGCUUCAAUUAAUCGAUGCCAUUCAGCGUCUUGGGGUUGACUAUCACUUUAAAAACGAGAUUGAAGAUGUUUUAACCCAAAUCUACGAAAGCUAUCAUAUACAAUCUAACAAAGAUAAUCUCUACCAUCUUUCCACCCGGUUUCGAAUCCUUAGGCAACAUGGUUUCAAUGUUUCUAGCGAUGUUUUCAAGAAAUAUAAGGAUGACAAAGGAGGCUUUAAAUGCUCCAUACUCAAUGAAGGUGUUGAAGGUAUCCUAAGUUUGUACGAGGCGUCGCAUGUUCGAACCCACGGAGAUGAUAUUUUAGAUGAAGUUUGUGUGUUUACAACAAAUUAUCUAAAUUCAGUCAUUAAUAAUAUGAAUUCAUCAUUGGGUGAAGAAGUAAGACAUGCUCUUCAUCAGCCUCUUCACAAAGGUUUUAUGAGACUUGAAUCAAAGCAUUACAUCUCAUUCUAUCAACAACAUGCUUCUCACAAUACAACCCUCUUGAAAUUCGCUAAAUUAGAUUUCAAUUUACUUCAAUCAUUUCAUCAAAAGGAAUUGCGAGAUAUUUCUGGGUGGUGGGAAGAAUUGCAUUCGAAGGUGCCAUUCGCGAGAGACAGAUUGGUAGAAGCAUACUUUUGGAUUUUGGGGAUAUAUUAUGAACAUGAAUAUCUUCGUGCGAGGCAGCUUCUUGUCAAAUUAUUUAUGAUUGUUGAAAUAUUUGAUGACAUCUUUGAUGCAUACGGCUCCUUUGAAAUCCUCCAACUUUUUGCUGAAGCGGUUAAUAGGUGGGAUUAUAAGUACAUAGCUAAACUACCACAAUAUUUCAACACUUGUUGUCAAGUACUUUUUGAGACCCUGGAUACAUAUGAGCAAGAACUAGCACAAGAGGGAAGAGCAUAUGGUGUACAUCACUAUAGACAACAGUUUAACCGUGGUUGCCAAGCAUGGCUUCGAGAAGCAAAAUGGAAGAAAGAAAAAUACACUCCAACAUUUGAGGAAUACAUGAAAACAUCAAUUAUAUCGAUUGGGCAAUUACAAGGAAUAGUUGGGUCGUAUCUUGGCAUGGGAAGCAUUGCAAAUAAAGAAAGUUUUGAUUGGGUGUGUCAACAUCCUAUGCCUAAAUUUGUUGAAGCAUGUUUGGUAAUCAUUAGGCUCUUGAAUGAUGUAGGAAGCACCCAGUUUGAGCAAACAAGUAGAGAGCAUGUGGUAUCUUCGGUGCAAAGCUAUAUGAAGGAAAAAGGAGUAUCAAAUGAAAAUGAAGUUUAUGAAAUUUUAGAGAAAAAAGUGGAGGAUGCAUGGAAACAUCUAAAUCAUGGAAUUUUCCGACCAUUUGUCAUCCCAAAACCUUUAUUGGAUCGUAUUUUAAACCUUGCUCGUGCACCUGAAAUCUUCUAUAAGGGAAGAACCGAUGGUUACACUAUUGUUAACCAGGUCAUUAGAGAUAAAAUUACGGCUUGUAUUUUUGAUCCUGUCGAUUAGGCCUAUUAAAAACAAAUACAAAAUACAAAAUAAGAGAGAUAUAGAAAAUACUGGGUGAUUACUAUAAAUUGUAUAAUAGAAGUACUAUUACUAUAUUUCCUACUUGUAAUAAUAUGAAAGGGCCACAAGUGUUGUUUUAAAUCAAGAGGA